AUGGAAGACAUAUCCAUUAAUGCGAAAUGGGCGAACCGGGCUCUGCGUCCUUUAACUUCUAUCUCUCGCCGACUCGAAAAGCACCAAGCCAAACUUUCCGCCGCAGCCGAAUCGAAACACAAAGGAGCGGCAGAACGCAACGAUGCACCGACGUGUACCUCUAUACAUCAGGAAUCAAGGGCAGAGAAAUCUUUAGAGUCGGAUGCUGAGCCCGAGGGGAACGAUCCGGCUUGGAUUCCGGGGACAACACUCGAGCGACGCCGCGCUAGACUCAAGUACUCCUCUCGCUCGGAGAACAACGCGGGGACAAGGCGCAAAAGACUAUCGAUACACAGCCCCGAAGCGCCGCGAACUCUACCUGGUGCGAUUGAGGUUGCAACGCCGAUGAUCACAGGAAAGCGAUGGGAGAUGCCUUCGAGUGCGCAAUCACAUCGAGCAACUGGACCGGCGAACACCAACACCCAACCGCCUCCAUCGCCGGUAUUUCGCGGACGGAACCCGCGAUACAAAAGCCCUUGGCAGGAGCUUCUCGAGCAAGCUGGCGACGAAGGCCUUGCACAUAUUGCCCACAAUCUGGAUCGCGUCUUUCAGAACUUCCUUUUGACAACCCAGAAAGUCAGACGCGAGGUGAAUCCCAUCAACCAGGAGACAAGACGAGGUGCGCGAUCUCUGAUGUCAAUGGUGAUGCGACGUUUGCCCGAUUUUAUCGCGAAGGAACAAGAAGCACAGCAUGAUCUAGACGAGGACGGCGACGAAGAUAUGUGUGAUGCAUACUUUACAGAAUUGGAAGCAUACUAUGCGCCUCAUGGCACAGGGUGGGAGCCGCUUCGUGAGGCUGUUCGUGCUCAAGGUGUCAAUUUGGUUGCUCGCAUGAUCAAGCAUAAUUGGAUCACAGACACAAUUGCCUGCGCCCUGAUUGAGAAAAGUCGCUCUAUUGCACCAGACGAAAGUGAUUCACUUCUAUCUACUCUCUUUUCUACUCGACAAUAUUAUCCAUAUCCCCAAGCCCUGAAGCCUGCAGCUAGUUCUGAUGCACCCGGCGACCCUAUUCUGUUGUUGCGCAAAUACGCUCACCAUGGGGUUGCCAGUCGCUCCUAUAUCUUUGAUGAACUUGCGAAGCUGCUAUCGCGGGGUGUACUUCCUCCAGAAUGGAUGGGAACCAAACCAUGGACGAUGUGGAUGACUCGAGCGACCAUAUCCUUCUCGAGAGAUGAUACGGACUGCCCUGCCGCAUCAAGGCUGAUCGAGGCUGUGAUUCUAUCGGCUAGCAAUGUGCCCAUUACUGCCGUUGGAUGUUCUUCUUGGAGCUCAAAACAAAAACGACUGCCGAAAGGAAAGGCCGUACGUGUGCGUCCAACCCGGGCCGCGUCCACUGCAAAAUUGGAAGAUGCAGAUAUUGUUCGACUUUGUCCGGCGCAAGUGGCAGAUGCGCUCAGCAACCAUGUCAUCAGUCUAAUUGCAGCCUUGUGUGGCAUCCAUAUCUCACGAUCUCGCGAUUGCAAUGGCAUUCAAUCUAUGAAUGGGCCUAAGGCGAGCCGUAUCAUCGGCUACCUUCACUUUGCUUUACAACAAGAUGACAAAUUGAGGGCCUCGAUUCGGCAAAAUGAUCUAACUUCACACCAAUUAUUACGUCGCGGCUGUAUUCUGCUGGCUACUAGCCUUGUACAGUGCAAUGAUGCAAUCAUCAAGCAAGAACAUACUACGUAUGCAUCAUUAUCAAGCAUUGAUAGCUGUGCGAGCGCGAUAACUCCGCGCCCAGAUAUGAUCAAAGAGUUGGCGUUACUUGUGCAACAGGCAUUCCGCUGCUUACGGACAGAUUCGGGAAAUGAACCACAACGUAUCAGCAAAGACAUACGCCGCAUGGUCUCCGAGCUUGCAUCUGUAGCUGAAACUCCUGCUGUGUGUACAUUCCUGGGGCAAGUUGCUACAGAAGCUGCCAUGAGCUUUGCCGAAGCGACAGCAGAUCCAGAUGACCACGUGUGGGCGGUCGAGGUACAAGAGACUGUCGCAUCAAGCCAAGAUCAGGAAGAGAGGGGUCGGGAGACUUCGGAGGAACCUGCAAACUCCAGCCAAAGGAACGGCUUGUUCCGCUGGGAAGAAAGCAUAGGGGAGUGGGUGGAAUCCACGCCGGCGAUGAAGAAAACACUUCACAUAGCGUCAAAAGGCCGGACACCCCGCAUGCUAUCGAGUCCUGUCCCUGUUAUACCUUGCUCGACCGAUUGCAGUUCCACUGAAUCCGAUGAUUCUCCAGCCUCCAGUGUAACCUCGUCUCCUCCUCCAGUACUCAACAAGCGAGCAUUCGAAGACACCGAUGCCUCGCUUGCACAACCCAACAAGCGAAGAAGACCCACUCCGGUGGUUGUGGUUGAGAAUGAAGCAGUCAGCCUAAAACGAGCAAGCCCUGCAACAGCCACCCCGAAUCCAAGGGUGGAAUCGGCCACUCGCCGAGAAAUCCUGCGGGAGCGCAGCGCUAACCUGACCAGACGGAUAGUCCCCACUACGAGACAGGUGCCCAAGGUGGUAAUUAUCAAUUCUCAUGGACAUCGCCCGAGCCAGCGCCCCGUGCAGCGCAGCCCAGAGCGUGGAGAAAUGCAGAUUCAUCGAACAGUCGAGAGAAGAAGAUCUGCAUACCCUUCCGUUACAAUUCCCAGCAACGUCAGACGACGGUCCUCGCAACAAGCAGUCAUCCCCUGCUCCCAAGACAGUGACAGUGACGAUGAACUUAGCUUUCUUUGA